GAACCACAUCCUCCUCAUCUGACGCUCUCUUGCUUUUCGUUGGGACCACGCUAAUCAAACUACCUAUCAUGAAUCUUUCCGCGCAACACAAUACCACACUAUCCACCGUGAAGCAUGGCGCGCCACACAAAACCAGACCAUUAAGGAUUAUCGUUGCUACGGGGCCGCAGUGGACGGACGAUGAGAUAGGCAGUCGCCUCGCAUCCCAACUUGACCAACACACCUACGCCACUCUGUGCGAAGCUAUCUCUCAUGAAGACAUGCCAUACGACAGAGACUGGAAUAAUCUUUCCCGCAGCAUCGGCCUUCCAGCUGGGUUUCCACUUCUUGCAUCAGACAUUGAGCUUCAGGACAACCCCUUGGACUGUCUCCGCUCUCUUCUCCGCUCCCUUUCUGGCCGACAACUUGCGACUACCAGCUCUUCGCACACCACACGCGUGAAGUAUUACAAGUUCCUGUUGCUUCGCGCUAUGCAAGCGGUGGAGUCAGCCUUAGACUUGCAAGGCUCUGCCGACCAGUGCGCGAGUACGGGAGGGGAGAUCCAUCACACAGCGCCUCUUGGGCGCCGCCAACGCGAAGCGGAAACUCUACUCAAGACGGCCCACGAAGUCCUACAACGCUUAAAUCGCCUUCUUAAACUUCGGCAUCUCGUAGGCGACGUGCUGAACGAUCUGUGACUGUUUUCUGAGGGUUUAUUUUCCACGUAUCUGUCUAUCGUUGUUUUGAAUUGCUGUCGACUACAUACAUACCCCUUAGUAUCUGCGCCAUGUAUUAUGCCCAUCACCCUCUCAUACUCCUGUCCAUUCAC